AUGAGCACCCGAGAUCAGUUCACAUUUGGCCGGGUGAGUUACCCAAUCUCAUAUACCUCACCACAAUACGUUUCGGAAUAUCCCCCGGUAGUGGACGAAAGGUCUAUUGGGGCUUGCCCUCAAAACUACGACUUCAUCUACGAAGAACCUCCUCCAGCACCCUUUUUGGAAGCAGCAGCCGCAAUCUCUCCCUCUCCCUCUCCUUCUCCCUCUCCCUCAUACUCAACCCCAACCUCCAAAUAUCGCGCGAUCUGGCCUCGACCCAAUGAGUACGACCCCAAAACCAGAAAUCCCGGCGAUGCGCUGCGAUUGAAGCCUCGGAAGCGUUAG